AUGUCUCUCCUCUCCCCUGAGCCGACUCUGGAAUACUAUGAGUAUGACCCGGAGGCCGAGGCGUGUCCUGAAGAGGACAUCGUGGCCUUUGGGGUCACCUUCCUGCCCAUCUUCUACUCGCUUGUCUUUGUCUUUGGCCUGGUGGGAAAUGUGUUGGUGGUACUCGCGCUCACCCACAGCCAGAAGCCCAAGAGCGUCACUGACAUUUACCUCCUGAACUUGGCCUUGUCCGACCUGCUCUUCGUGGCCACCCUGCCCUUCUGGAUCCACUACGUAUUAAGCAGCCACGGCUUCAACCACGCCGUGUGCAAGCUCACGACGGCCUUCUUCUUCAUCGGCUUCUUUGGGGGCAUCUUCUUCAUCACUGCCAUCAGCAUCGACCGGUACCUGGCCAUCGUCCUGGCCGCCAACUCCCUCCAGAGCCGGACAGUGCAGCACGGCGUCACCGUGAGCCUCAGCGUCUGGGCCGCGGCCAUUCUGGUGGCCGCUCCGCAGUUCAUGUUCACCAAGCAGGACGAAGGCGAGUGCUUCGGUGACCACCCCGAGGUCCUCCGGGAGGUGUGGCCCGUGCUCUGCCACUUGGAGGUCAACCUCCUGGGCUUCCUGCUCCCGCUGCUCGUGAUGGUCUACUGCUACUUCAGGAUCAUCUGGACGCUCUGCUUCUGCAAGAACCACAAGAAAGCCAAGGCCAUCAAGCUCAUCGUGCUCGUGGUGGUCGUCUUUUUCCUCUUCUGGACGCCCUACAAUGUCAUGAUUUUCCUAGAGACGCUCAAACGCUACGACUUCUUCCCCGGCUGUGACGUGAGGAAGAGCCUGAGGUUGGCCACCAGUGUGACCGAGACGGUGGCCUUCAGUCACUGCUGUCUCAAUCCCCUGAUCUAUGCGUUUGCAGGGGAGAAGUUCAGGAAGUACCUCCAGCAUCUGUACAGGAAGUGUCUGGCUGUCCUGUGCGGCCACCCCGUCCGUGUGACUUUCUCCUCGUCCGAGUCACAGUCGAUCCGGCAGGAGAGUGUCCUGAGCAGCAAUUUUACUCACUACACGAGCGAUGGAGAUACCUCGGUUCACCUCUGA